AUGUUUGGUCUGAGCAGGUCCGCGCGUUUGCGCUCACGCGUCCCAUCCGUGCUGUCCGCGCGAACCGCAAUUGCAACCCAGCGCUCCUGCAUCGAUGUGCAGGACUUCCAUUCUUCGCCGAAGCAGGCGGGUUCUCGAGCUACAUGGAUGCCUAUGCGUGUUAAGACACCAUGGAUCGAUGCUCUGAGUCUGAGAAAGGAGGCCGAGAAGGUUGACUCUCAGCAAAGUGGUCAACAGAUCGAGCGUGAUCUCUCGCCGAAAAAGAUGUCAGACAGCUAUUACAGUGCGGUUCUCCCCUUAGCCCAGGAUAAAUGGCUGCUGGACUCUUACCUAAACGCCGAUGGACACAUCAGAUUAGGAUCUUUGCUGAUGGACCUUGACGCGUUUUCUGGUGUCAUUGCAAACCGCCAUACAGGCGAUGGAGUAUCAACCGUAACAGCUGCUUGUGACCGAAUCACCAUCGAAAACCCCCUAAUGGAGAUUUGCGACCUCGAGCUGAGCGGUCAAUGCACCUACGCUACCGGCCGUUCAAGUAUGGAGAUCUCUCUACAAGUCACGAAAGCUCGACCGGAAGGCGUGGAAGCAAAGCCAGAGGAUGUUCUGAUCACUUGUGCUUUCACAAUGGUCUCGCUUGAUACCAAGACGAAGAAACCCGUGCCCGUGCCCGCUUUGAUCGUGGAGACGGAAGAGGAGAAGCGUCUCUACUCAAAGGGAGAGGAAGCCUCGCAGGCCAAGAAAGCUCUGCGCACCCGCAGUCUUCUGCAAAAGGCGCCCGAUGACGAGGAGAGUGAAUUGAUCCACUCAAUGUGGACGAAGGAGAUGUCAUAUCUCAACCCUCAAUCCUCAACGACCCGCCCAUCAAACCAAGUGUUCAUGAGUGACACCGUGCUCAAGUCUGCCAUGAUCAUGCAACCCCAAGAUCGAAACCGUCACAACUUCAUGAUUUUCGGUGGUUUCCUUCUCAAGCAAACCUUCGAGCUUGCAUUCUGUUGUGCCGCCUCCUUCGCACACGCACGACCAAACUUCGUCGCACUGGACCCCAGCACUUUCGAGAACCCCGUUCCCGUUGGCAGCGUGCUAUACCUGCGUGCAACGGUCGCUUACACGGAACCUGAAGAGCGCGAGGGCGACAGCACUAAGUAUACAAAGGUGCAGGUCCGUGUUGAUUCCAAGGUCCGAGAUGUUGAGCACGGGACGAAGAAGUCCACUGGAAUGUUCAACUAUACUUUCUUGGUUGAGAAGGAUGUGCAGGUUAUGCCCAAGGGGUAUGGUGAGUUUAUGCUCUGGACUGAUGCCCGUAGAAGGGCCCAGAAUGCUGCUGCCAUUGACCCGGCUCACAAAAUGAGUGCUUUGAGGAGUAUCAAGGAUAGUGUCACUGAGUAG